UCCGACGUUUCACGGUUGUUUUGAUAACGAUUAACCUCGUGUUAUGUUUUCUUGACGCAACAUAAGAUUUAAUACAAUGGGUAGAAAAGGAAAAGUUGGAAGUGGUAAUUUAGGAAAAGCUUUGAUUAGAGAUCGUUUCGGUUCAUCAAGAAAUAAAAAACAUGUUGAUUCGUCUAUGAUUCACACCACUGAAUUAAACGAUGGUUAUGAUUGGGGACGUCUUAAUUUGCAAUCUGUUACGGAAGAAAAUUCUUUUGAGGAAUUUCUUUCUACCGCGGAGUUAGCAGGAACGGAGUUUCAUGCAGAGAAAUUAAAUAUUAAAUUUGUUAAUCCGAAAAGUGGAAUUGGAUUACUUUCAAAAGAUGAAAAAGAAAAGGUGUUGAAAACGCAAGAAAAGAAUAAAGCACUUUUAAAGAUACCAAGGAGGCCAAAAUGGGACAGUUCUACUACAGCUCACGAAUUACAAAGCAAAGAAAGAGAAGAAUUUUUGGAAUGGAGACGUUCUCUAUCUGUGUUACAAGAAAUGGAAGGACUGAUGUUGACUCCUUAUGAAAAGAAUCUAGAAUUUUGGAGACAACUAUGGAGAGUAGUGGAACGCAGUGAUGUUAUUGUGCAAAUAGUGGAUGCUAGAAAUCCAUUACUAUUCCGCUGCGAGGAUUUGGAGGCAUAUGUUAAAGAACUAGAUCCUAGAAAGAUGAACAUGAUAUUAGUUAAUAAGGCUGAUUUUUUAACAGAACAACAGAGACAAGCAUGGGCAAAAUAUUUUACAGAUAUUAAUUUAAGAGUUGCAUUCUUUUCUGCUACAUUGGCAGCUGAAAAACAAAAAAUAAAAGAUAUAAUAAAGGAAGAAGUCUCUGAAAAUGAACAAAAUAGUGAAGUAGAUGGUGAUGAAAAAGAUGAAAACUAUGAUAGUGGAACAUCAUUAUAUAAUUCAGCAUUUGCUUCAGAAAGUGAAUAUGAAAUUGUAGAUGAUAAUAGUAGUAGCACCAAAAUUAGAAAUGAAGAAGAAGUAGAUUCUAAGUGUAAGAAAUAUAAUGAAGAAUAUAAUGAAGAGAAAAUAGAUGAGAAAAUGAUAGAAGAUAAUACAAAGCUGGAAAAUUCACCAGAAUUGUUAAGUAGAGAUCAAUUAGUAUCAUUUUUUAAAGCAAUUUAUAAAGAUGAAACAUAUACAAAAGGAAUUACAACAAUUGGUUUAGUAGGAUAUCCAAAUGUUGGAAAAAGUUCUACAAUAAAUGCCUUGUUAAUGGAUAAAAAGGUAUCAGUAUCUGCAACACCAGGUAAAACAAAGCACUUUCAAACAUUGUUCAUGGAUAAGGAUUUGCUUCUUUGUGAUUGUCCUGGAUUAGUAAUGCCCAGUUUCGUCUGUACAAAAUCAGAAAUGAUUAUAAAUGGUAUACUGCCAAUUGAUCAAAUGAGAGAUCAUGUACCUCCAAUUACAUUAUUAGGUACUUUAAUACCAAGGCAUGUUAUAGAGGAUCUUUAUGGAAUCAUGAUACCCACACCUUUGGAAGGAGAAGAUCCUAAUCGUCCUCCAACUGCAGAAGAAAUUUUAAAUGCUUAUGGAUAUAGUAGAGGUUUCAUGACACAAAAUGGGCAACCAGAUAAUCCACGUUCAGCGCGUUAUCUUUUAAAAGAUUUCGUAAAUGGUAGAUUGUUGUAUUGUGUUGCACCACCAAUAGUAGAACAAGAAAGGUUUCAUAUAUUCGCUCCACGAAGGAAAAUAAAUCCCGCAAAUAAGCAUUUGCCUCCUAGAACAGUGCGUGUGAAUAGUAGAAAUAAAACAACGUCUGAAGAUGUAGAUAAAGUAUUUUUUCAAAAUAAUAUUUCGAAUGUGCACGUAAAAGGAGUCAUUGGAAAAAUGCAUGGUUUAUUUCAUUCUAGAUCUAACGAUAUAGGAUCGAUGAUUGGUUCCACACAAGAUUUGUUGCUUGAAGAGAAACCGUGGAAAAAGAUUAACAAACAUUCGAAUAAAAAGAAACGUGAGAAAACAAGAAGAUUGUACGCCCAUCUUGAUCAACAUUGAUUUAAUGGAUAUUUAUAUUGUAUUGUGAGAAUUGAAGGCCUUUUCGCUAUAUAACAGCGGAUCGUAUUUUGUAAUAUACAAGUCUCUGAAUUUAUAAACGCAUCAGUGACUCAUAUCGAUUCUACGUACCACAAAUACAUUCUAACAAUAAAAUACAUAUACAUAUAAGAAUAGUUCAUUGUUGUACUUAUAUGCAUAUAUAUUAUAAAAUUAAAAUAUUUCAUA